GGUUCCUCGAACCGUGAACUCGCAACGAACGAUAGAAAGAUCAUUAGAGAGUUGGAUGCGGCCUCCAACUUUUCCAGACACCAUCAUGACAAGAGAUCUCACACCUAGAUUGCUACGCACUUCUGGAUAGAAUGGCAUAACUCCAAACCGAAGCGUGCAAUGUUUCCGACCUCAUCCGAGAGCAAGAGACGAAGACAAAGAAACGAGAGCGCAACAACAACACAACGACGGGCAUCUACCCGAGGCUCUUCCGAGAGAGACGGCAUCAACGACGAGUCGGCUUUCUCUCUGAUCUAACAGCACCGGAUUGACCCAAAACAAUCAUGCCCCGCCUCUCCGCCGGCGACGCGGACACAGUCGCCGCCGCCUGCGGAGUCGACGGCAGCGAUUCCUGCUCGCCUUCCUCCCGCCUGGACUUUCCUCGCACCCUGGCUUCCCUGCUCCCAGUGGUACUCACCUUUCUGGCGGUGUUUAUCCUCUCCCUGACGCGACUAUUCCCGUUCCUAACCAACUUCCCCUCCUCCUCCUCCUCCUCGUCCUCUCCCACCAGCAGCAGCAGCAUCACAAUCUCCGACGGCGAAGACCACUACCUCCCGCCGACGGCGCCUCCGAGCCUAGUGCAGGCCCAUGCGGCGCACGCGGCGAGAUCUCCCAGGAGACGGCUCGCGGCGGUGGUCUUUGCCGCGACGUUGGCGCUGGCCGCCGUGCUGGCCGAGCUGAUCCUCGCGUCCGAGAUGAUGCUCCUCGAGCAACCGCCGUCGCCCGUGCUAGCGCUGGCGCUGCGCGCGACCGUGCCGACGCUGCUGGUUCUUCUGGUUGGGGUGGUCCCCCUGAUCGAGCUGCAGAGCGUGUUGGCGGCUCGGGGGUGGCGGUUCGCGCGGGACGGGAAGGGCAGGGUUCCACGGACCGCGUGGGGAUUGUUGCUGCUUGUGUUUGCGGGGUGGUUGGUGGUUUUCUUUUGGGGUGUGGGCAGGGCUGUGCCGCAGGUUUCGCAUUCUUACUCGGCGACCUCUUCUUCUUCCUCUACGACGAGGACAUGGGGGCUUGGUGGUGGUAGUGGUAGUGCGGAGAAGGACUUGUCUACUUGGGCCGGCAAGGCGGCGGCUGGCCAGAUCCCCGGCACUGGGUUUGAUAGCACAGGGGUGGCCAUUGGGAGGGUUGGACUGGGAGGAGGGAAGUUUAACGGGAGCGGCGGGGGAGGCGGGUUGACGAGGGCAUGCUUGGAGAGGAUUGGCGUGAUUGGGAUCUCGCUGAUGGGGUUGCUGUCAGGCUUUGCGAGCGUGUCGAGCCCCUGGCAUACGUUUGUGGAUGAUCGGGCGUAUGGCAAGCGGCCCAUCACGGAUGCGGAUAUUGCCAGGAAACAGGCCGGGUUGGACGCGACGAGUGAGCUGUUGCUCACGAAGCGACACCGGUUAAGAUCGCUACAGAGGAAGGCGCAGGCGGUAGCGGAAGGGAUAGGAGGUGGGCAACCCCAUGGGACAGCGGCAGGUGCGUCAGGCGGGCUGGUUGGCAAGGUUAUCGGCUCUCUCAGGAGCAUGGCCGGCACCGGCGAGGCUGCCGAGAUCAAAGCGCUCCAGGUCGAAAUCUCUGGCCUCGAGACGAUGGAGUCCAACCUCGCCGCCUCCCUAUCCCUGCUCAAGUCCCGGCAAGCCGCCCAUGCAAAGGAUGGCACGGCUCUGGGACGGCUCUUUGCCAUUCCGCGCUACGCCUUCGCAUGUUACUGCGUCUACCGCGUCCUUGCCACCACAUUGACCACCCUCCGGCGGACGUACUAUCCCUCGGCGUCGUUCUCCUCGUCGGACCCCAUCAGCCGCUUCCUGGGGCUGCUCGCCAAGCACUGGGAUCCCAAGCUGGACCAGCUCGCGUGGGCCCGCCAGAUCUCGUUCCUGCUGUCCGGCGUAAUCCUUGCGGCGAGCGCAAACUCGGUCUUGCAGACCUUCCGUCUCUUUGCGAAAUGGGCGCCGGGCCUACUCCACCAGGCGCAGGCGAACCUGGCCCUGCUGAUCGGGCAGAUCACGGCUACGUACGUUAUCAGUGCUGCCCUGCUGCUGAGGAACAGCUUGCCCCGGGAAGUCGGCCGGUCGGUUGGAGAUGCCCUCGAGAGCGCGCUAGAACCGGUCUUCGUGGACCGCUGGUUUGAGGGCUGGUUUCUGCUUGCUAGUGUUGCGACGGCUGCGGGCAUAUGGAUAGGGAGGAAGCUCAGCGGCGGGUUUGGGGGUGACUGGGACGAGUGGGAUGAGUUUGGCGGUGAAGAAUUAGGGCAGAAGCGGUCUUGAAUUUUGAGCGCUCUGUUAUGUGUAUAUUGAUUUCCAGUUCUACGAUGCCCGUGCUAAAUGCUUGCGUGUAGAGCCCGUGGUACAACUUAUAGAAGGGAAUUGGGUCCGCCUGAC